AUGAUCGAGACAGAGCUCCAGGAAAACCGUCACAGGCUUCUUGAAGACUAUCUCACGACCUACUGCCUUCUCGUAAUAAUCAACAAACCCGCAUUAAUCGGCAUUUUUAUCGCAGAAGGCGUCAGGCUCGACGGAGAAUAUUUUUUCACUGAGCCAGAUCUAAACUUCUUGUCGGGUGCGAUCGAGGAAGCCAAACAUGUUCAGCAUCUUAUCCUGCGUAAGCAGUGGAGGUUUCAGAUCAGGCCAAUGACCUUCUCCAAUCAACCAAUAGAAUAUGCCCCGAGCGAGAAAGUGCCAAUUCAAUGGGGCGAUCGCGUCGGUCAGGGACGGUUCGGAACCAUGUAUAAAAUAUCCCUUCCGUUCCCGGCACACUUUUCCUCAAGCCCGAAUGCGACGACGCUCGAUCCUCUUGCUGCCAAAGUCUUCGACCGAGAGAAUUUCGACCUAGGACGGACGGAGUGGAACAACCUUUCACAUGUCAAUCAGAAAGACCAUUCGUGUUUAUGAAAGCCUUGACUGCUUUCUCCCACCGGGGGAGAUUUUGCAUCGUUUUUCCAUUGGCUGAGAGUACACUUGAAAGGGCAUUAAUGGAUACGUUUCCAGUUCGUGAUGGCAGGUUUUUGCUCGCCGACUUUGGACCUCUCCUGCUU